GCCGCCGCCGCCAGCGCCUGCGCAAGUCCCGUCGCCGGAGCCCGCACCGCCAAUGUUAAUCUACCUGUGCGUGGUGUGCCCGUGGCUGCUCCUGACCCUGUACCUGAUCUUCGUGCUGUACGACUAGUGAGCGGCCGGGCGCGCGCGGACAGUACGCGGUGCGAGCGGGCGGGCGGGCGCGUGCGGACAGGCAGGAGAGUCGUCGCCACCGACCAGUGCGGGGCACAUGACCUCCGCCUGGACGUCGUCCGGCGUGGCGGCCGGCCGCGGCUUCGGCGCCGAGGCGGCGCUGCCGCGGCCUACGCUGGACGUCACCGACCAGCAGUACAUGAUGGCCAUCUACCUGUUCAUCAAGAACUACGUCAGCGCGUCGCCCGGUGGCAGCAGCGCUAUCGACAACAAGAUCGAGCCGAUCGACAACAAGAUCGAGCAGGCGAUGGACCUGGUCAAGUCGCACCUUCUGCUGGCUGUGCGCGAGGAGGUGGACGUCCUCAAGGCCAACAUCUCCAAACUGGUGGACAAGAUCAGCGUGCUGGAGCGCGAGAACGAGGUGCUCAAGACGAACGCGUCGCCGGAGGUGCUGGCACAGCUGGAGGAGGCGCC